CGUGAACUAAUCCGUCUGUCAUCGUAUAAGAAGUAGAGGGGUUUGUCAGAAGAACUGUAGUUCAGAGUUCCAGCAGGACAGAAUGGAGUCCACCUUGAUCUGUGUGUUACUCUUGCUGAAUACAUACAUCAACUCUGGACACUCUGAAGAUGAUGAUGCUCUGCCCACGGCCUCAGUGAAGAUAGUCAAUCCACAGAGUCUCCUCUACCCUGGAGAGACAGUCACUCUGCAGUGUGACAUAUCAGACUACACAGACUGGACGUACCGCUGGUUCAGAGACAACCAUCACCUUCCCAGUCAGACCAGUAAAGCCAUAGAUAUCACCAUCCCCAUCACUCAGACUGGUCAGGCUGGUCAGUACAGAUGUGAGGGGCUGAGGACAGAUCGGCCACAGAGGUCACAACCCAUUGUUGUCGUCACCAUCAGUGUCACUGCUCUUCCCAACUCUACUCUGACUGUGAAGCCAAACCCUGCAUUCACUGGAGAGAAAGUCACUCUGAAGUGUUCAGUGACGUAUGACAGUAGCUGGAACUAUCAGUGGUACAAAGACUGGAAUUUUAAUGUAGUACCCCAGUCUGUCAGUCACACUAUAACAGGAGACACCCUCACUAUCAGUAGAGCUGCUGAGUCUGACCAGGGUCAGUACUGGUGUGAAGGGAACAGAGUGUCUAGACCCACAUCUUCACAACCAGGUGAUCCUGUCACUCUCACUGUAGAAGGUCUGCCCAAAGCUACACUGACUGUAGAACCAAAUCCUGUGUUCCCUGGAGAGACAGUUACUCUGACGUGUUCAGUAGAGUCUGACAGUAUCUGGAGCUAUAAGUGGUACAAAGACAGGAAUGAUAAUGUAGUAUCCCAGUCUGGCAGACACACUAUAACAGGAGACACUCUCACCAUCAAUGGAGCAACAGUGAAUGAGGGUCCCUACUGGUGUCAGGGAGAGAGAGACUCCAGACCCACUUCUUCAUCCAUCAGUGACCCUGUCACUAUCACUGUCAAUGCUCUGCCUACAGCCUUAGUGAAGAUAGUCACUCCACAGGGUCUCCUCUACCCUGGAGAGACAGUCACUCUGCGGUGUGACAUAUCAGACUACACAGACUGGACGUACCGCUGGUUCAGAAACAAUGAAGAGCCUCCCAUUCAGACCAGAAAAACCAUCACCAUCUCUCUCCCUGACCAGGCUGGUCAGUACAGGUGUGCUGGGAAGAGGAGAGAUCGACCCCAGAAGUCAUGUCGCAGCUCAGCUCUCCCCAUCAUCAUCACUGCUCUUCCCAAAACUACUCUGACUAUAGAGCCAAACCCUGCAUUCACUGGAGAGAAAGUCACUCUGAAGUGUUCAGUGAGGUCUUACAGUAUCUGGAGCUAUAAGUGGUACAAAGACAGGAAUGAUAAUGUAGUAUCCCAGUCUGGCAGACACACUAUAACAGGAGACACUCUCACCAUCAAUGGAGCAACAGUGAAUGAGGGUCCCUACUGGUGUCAGGGAGAGAGAGACUCCAGACCCACUUCUUCAUCCAUCAGUGACCCUGUCACUAUCACUGUCAAUGCUCUGCCUGUGGCCUCAGUGAGUGUCUCUUCUCAGGGUCUCCUCUACUCUGGAGAGACAGUCAGUCUGCAGUGUGUCAUACCAGGCUACACAGACUGGAGGUACUACUGGUACAAAAACAACCAACACCUUCCUGAUGAGACCAGUAAAGUCAUAUAUAUCACCAUCCCCAUCACUCAGACUGGCCAGGCUGGUCAGUACUGGUGUGAAGGGAACAGAGUGUCUAGACCCACAUCUUCACUACCAAGUGAUCCUGUCACUCUCACUGUAAAAGCUCUGCCUACAGCCUUAGUGAAGAUAGUCACUCCACAGGGUCUCCUCUACCCUGGAGAGACAGUCACUCUGCGGUGUGACAUAUCAGACUACACAGACUGGACGUACCGCUGGUUCAGAAACAAUGAAGAGCCUCCCAUUCAGACCAGAAAAACCAUCACCAUCUCUCUCCCUGACCAGGCUGGUAAGUACCAGUGUUUUGGGACGAGGAGAGAUCGGCCCCAGAAGUCAUAUCGCAGCUCAGCUCUCCCCAUCAUCAUCACUGCUCUUCCCAAAACUACUCUGACUGUAGAGCCAAACCCUGCAUUCACUGGAGAGACAGUUACUCUGACGUGUUCAGUGAGGUCUUACAGUAUCUGGAGCUAUAAGUGGUUCAAAGACAGGAAUGAUAAUGUAGUAUCCCAGUCUGGUUACAGUGACAUUGGAGUCUCUCACAUCAGUAGAGCUGAUGUAUCUGACCAGGGUCAGUACUGGUGUGAAGGGAACAGAGUGUCUAGACCCACAUCUUCACAACCAGGUGAUCCUGUCACUCUCACUGUAGAAGAUUAUCAGCCAAAGACCACACUGACUUCAGACAAAGAGAACAUAUUCACAGGAGACAGAGUGACACUGAGCUGUACUGUAGAGUCUCCUGGAUGGAAGUUUUACUGGUACAGACACAGACCAGACUCUACACCAGUAACCACAACCUCUGGAUACUCCUACACACUCAGCUGGGUCAGUGUCUCUGAUGGAGGACAGUACUGGUGCAGAGCUGGGAGAGGAGACCCAGUCUACUACACCCUGUACAGUGACCCAGUCCAGAUAAACAUUACUGAUCAACCUCAACCUGUCCUGAGUAUCUCUUCUCAGUGGCUGAACCCUGGAGACUCAGUGACUCUGAGCUGUGAAGUUGACAAGACGUCUAUAGUCUGGAGGUUCUCCUGGUACAGGACUGUUCCCUACAGAGCUGGGUUACCCUCCCUAUCAGACAAGUCUUACUCUCUACAGCCCCUAUCUGACAAUGUGACUAGUGAAGACUCCUACACUCAGAUCCCUGCCGGUCCUACUCCCACAGGAGGAUAUGUGUGUAGAGCUGGGAGAGGAGACCCAGUCUAUGAUACAUUCUACAGUGAACCUCAGUUUCUCUGGUCAGGAGAUCUGCAGCCUUCAGCGUCUCUUACAGUAAAUCCCAACACAACUCAACAUUUUACAUCAAAGUCUCUCUCACUGAUCUGUGAGCUGAAGGGGAACUCUACUGGAUGGAGACUGAAGAGACACACAGAGACAGCACGGCGGUCAGAAUGUCCAUCUACCUGGAGAUCAAUAACAGAAUCCACCUGCACCAUCACAUCAUUGACAACAUGGCACAGUGGAGUGUUCUGGUGUGAGUCUGGAUCAGGAGAGAACAGUAAUGCUGUCAACAUCACAGUAAAUGAUGGUGAUGUGAUCCUGGAGAGUCCUGUCCAUCCUGUGACUGAAGGAGACUCUGUGACUCUGACCUGUACAUUUAGACAUCAGGGAACAAAUCCUAAACUCAAGACUGAUUUCUACAAAGAUGGAACACUCAUCAAGAAUGAGACCACAGGAGAGAUGACCAUCCCUAUAGUAUCCAAGUCAGAUGAAGGAUUCUAUAAGUGUAAAUCUGAUGAAGGAGAAUCACCAGAGAGCUGGGUGACAGUGAGAGUCUCUCCAGUCGUAUCUCCUGGAUCCUCUACAUCAGUCCUAGUAUUAGUGGUUGUGGGUCUGCUUGUUGCUGGUGUUCUACUGGUCAUUCUCCUGGUCCUGCUGGUGAGAUAUCAAAACAGAAAAGGUUCCUGUUUCAACAGAAUAUUCUGGCCCCCUCAGCCCCAGAGAACCAACCAGGACCCCCAACAGGACCAAGGAUCUACCCAGGGUCAGGCUCCUGAUACUGUUUAUACAUGUCUACAUGGUGACACUAACAUCUACGACACAAUCAAUUCCUCAGACAACAAUGAUAAUGAUGUUGCUGGUGCUUCUGCUGCUGGACCAAGUCAUGUGACUUACGCCCAGAUUCAACUGAAAAAGUUGGACAAAAAAAAGAAAGAAAAGAGAAAUUAUCCUAAAGAAAAUCCAGUCUACUCUGAGGUGAAGACAGGGAAAGCCACAGCAGCAGCUGGACGUUUUGAUGUGACCUAUGCUGAGGUUGACCUCCAAAAGAGGGCCAAAGCCAAGAAGAAGAGAGAAACAGCAACCCCACCUGAGCCAGAAUCUGUCUAUUCUCUAGUGAAGCCAUACACAGCCCCCGCAGCAGCAAGACCUGUUGAUGUGACCUAUGCUGAGGUUGAUCUCCAAAAGAAGAACAAAGCCAAGAAGAAGAGAGAAAGAGCAACCCCACCAGAGGCAGAUUCAGUCUAUUCUCGAUUGAAGCCACGCUAAUGCCCCGGUCCUUGAGGGAGAUGGAGGGA